ACUUGGCCUGCAUUUCUUGGUACUUGUGCUAUGGAUUCCUCCGACUCAGAUGAUGAGACCUUGCCAAGAGCUUACAAGCGAGCUGCCUGGUGUGUAGUGGUGUUGGGGCUGCUGGUCACUGUUGGGGGCUUACCUCAAGUCCCAGUGCUGGUGCACUACCAUCAGCCCUUGGGUUUUUCAGCCGGUCGCGACAGUCCUGGGAUCCUUGGCCAACAGCAGCUGAAGCGCUUCUUUCCAGUGUUCGCCGAGGCUGCCGAGGCCCCGGUGAUGCUGGUCAUCCGAAGCAAAACUGGCAGCGUCCUCACUCCGGAAGUGGAGCAGUUCACAACUCGGGUGGAGCAAAGUUUGAAUGAUCCCAGGGCGAAGGUGUUGAAUCCCCUGGUGCUGGGGGUUUAUGCCAGCAACCGCUUCGGUCACGGUGGCUUCCAGCUGCCUUCCAAGUUGGUACGACAGAAGUUGGUCUCAAGGGAUGAGAAGACCACGCUGUUGGUGCUGAUCCCCACCUCCUUCCCGACCUAUGCCACCUUCACCAGCAAUGGAUCCAAUCGCACUGUCUUUGCUCCGUGGCUCUAUCGGAAACAACUCAUGGAGUUUCUACACGAGUUGCUGGUGGACGUGCCAAGAGAUACUGAAGUCCUUCUGACUGGAAACCCAGUCAUCGAAUACGAACGCUUCUUCGAUCACAGCAUCGAAUUGCUGUUGCGAGCAGAGCUGUUCGUGCUGCCCUUGGCCACCAUGAUCUUCAUUUGGCUGGUGCGAGAGAUCAGGUUGUUAGCCCUUCCACCCUUGGUGCUCUUGUGCUCCCUUGCCCUGAGCGCUGGCUGCUCUGUGCCUUUGGCGAAGUGGACGCCGCUGUCGCCAGACGUGCCACCGGCCAUGGUGUCAGUGUUGUUGGCAGUCAGCUUGGAUUAUAGUUUGUUUAUGUUGAGCCGCUUCAUGGAGAACAAAUCCAAAGCUUUGGACCGGGAGGACAAUGCUGAAAUCUUACUGUGUCAGACAGGUCAGACCAUUCUAGUGAGCGGUGGUUUGAUCGCCAUCGCCUUCUUUGGAGCUUUCUUUUUGCCAGAGCAGAAUCUGCACAGUGCAGGGCUAGUCUUGGGCAUCACCGUAGUCUGUAGCAUGGUGGUGAACAUUUGCCUGUCCCCUGCGUUGCUGUACCUCUUUGGCGAGCGGUUGACGGAGGAUGGAAGCAAUGGAAAUGAUGAACACCAGUGGGGUUCCAUAGGGCUCAGCGGCCUAAGCGGCAGCGAGCGAGAUGCCUUGGUUGGGGAGGAAGUCUUCGUGAAGCACAGCAGCUCUCGCGGCUGGCUGCGUUUGAUGCGGCUCAUCGAGCGAUGGCCCAGGAUGGCAGUGUGUCUUGUAUUUCUGGUGUUUUUGCCGUUGACAUGGCAGAUCCCCAAGUUGCAUGGCACGGCCGAUAUCUAUGCAUCACUGCCCGGGGAUUUGCCCAGUGUGGUGGCCAUGAGGGAGCUGGCCCAAGAGUUUCCCGCUGGACAAUUUGAUCCUUAUUUUGUGGUCCUUUCUGGAAGCGCGCUGCUUUCAGAGGAAGGCUACAAGGCCAUGCUUCAGCUCUGCACCAUGCUACAGGCCAUUGGAGUAGAUUCCAUCUUGGGCCCGGUGUACCUAUUGGAUCAAAGUGUCGAUUGGGACACCGCACAACGCUGGCAGAAGGAGCCAUCAUCCUUGGAACUUCACAAGGCCUAUGGAAAAGUGAUGCAAAGCCAUGUCAAUGGAUCUGCAGUGCUCCUAGAGGUAUUUACAGAUUUCUUGCCAAGGGGAUCAAACGGUGCAACUUGGGUGCGGACUGUACGGCAUGGUCUUGCGCUGUGGCAAGAGCAGCAUCCUGAGUUCACCGCUUUUCUUGCGGGUGGAGCAACGCUCAUGGUCGAUUCGCAGGACACUGUAAUGCACGCAGUGCCCACUUACCUCGCCGUUUGCAUUUUGCUGAUAUCAGCCGUUGUGUUUGGCGUGUUUAGAAGCAUUUUGUUGCCCUUGCGCCUGGCAUUUGCUCUCCUUUUUACCCUGGCGGCCACCUUUGGCAUGGCCGUGGUCUUCUAUCAGACGCCACUCUUCCAUGGCCUUUUUCCAUGGCUGGUGAACUAUGAUGGCCUUUGCUUUGAGAUUGUCCCCAUGGCCAUUUGCAUCGCGGUGGCUUUGGGUCUGGACUACGACAUUUUCCUGGUGAGUCGGAUUGUGGAAUUCCGAAAGGAGGGCUUCAACGACCGGUCCAGUAUCAUCCUUGGUGUUGCAAGCACGGGAGGCAUCAUUUCAGGUGCAGGGGCCAUCAUGGCGCUGGCCUUUAGUGGUUUAUUCUUUUCGGAGAAGUUGUUGCAUCAGCAGUUCGCUCUUCUGCUGGUGACCUCGGUGUUGCUGGACACCUACGUGGUGCGGACGGUGCUGGUCCCCGCUCUGAUGAUGUCGGCGGGUGAUUACAACUGGUGGCCGCGGAAGAUGCCGAACGCCAGGAGAUGAUGCCACGCCACGCCCGUUGGUCAAAAAGGAAAAAGACGAGUGAGGGAACGGUCCUG